AUGGCACUGUGCUCCGGAUCGCUGGAGCUCGUGGAGGCUGCUCUGGUUCAUCCGGCGAGGCCGAUGCCACUCGCUCUGGCUGGUGCAUGGUCCGGGGACGACGGAUCAGCAUCAGGUGGAGCUGACUGGCCAGUGCGUGUUGCGUCAGCUGGCUACGGUCCGGCCUUUCUGCAUGCAAGCGGGAGCGACUCGACCCAGUGGGCGCUCCGCGGCGUGGCUGCGCUGCGGCACGCGGGCUCGAUUGCCCAGGUGGCAGCAUCAUCGCGAAUGGCGGCUGCAGUCUCAGACUCUGGACAGCUUUUUGUGUGGGGCCGUGGAUCGCGGGGCGAGCUCGGCCUCGGCAAGGGCGUGACGUCGGCGCUGACGCCGACUCGCGCCCUGCCGGCCAUUGGUGCUGUGGCCAAGGUUGCACUCGGCGCCGCCCACAUGCUUGUUCUCACAGAGGCUGGAAGCGUUUACGCGGUUGGCUCGAAUGCCCAGGGUCAGCUCGGCCAGCCGUCGGACGAGGUGGAUGUGUUAUUGGAGCCGCUGCCGGUGACGCUGCCGGAUGGACUCGCCGUUGCCGACAUCGCUGCCGGCUCUGCUGUCUCCGUCAUCCUUACCACCGAUGGCCAGGUCCUCGCCUUUGGUGCUAAUGACUACGGCCAGAUCGCCGACCGAAGCGCGGGUGUUGUUGCCAGCCAUGUCCCCACCGCACUUAUGCUCGGAUCUCACUCUGCGGCUGUCGCCGUCGUCACCUCGGCCUUUCACAUUGCGCUGCUCGACGAUGGCGGCACGCUGGUCAUCUUUGGCCUUAACGACCGGAGGCGGCGUCUCUCGCUUUCCCGCGGUGCCCGCGAGGCGCUCUUCCGCGCCGAGACCUCUUCGGCGGGUGCAGCUGACGACGCUGACGACUUUACUCUUGCCAGUCUACCGGCACUUACCUUUAUCGAGCUGGCGGUGGCUCCGUUUGCCACCGCUGUCAUCACCUCGUCGGGCUCGCUGGCCAUCUUUGUCCACACAGGCGCGUUUGCGCUGUUGACGGCGGCAGCCAAAAAGUCCAAGCGGCGCAGGCAGGGCGCGUCGGACGACAGUGCCACUCGCCAUCGUGCGGUCACGUCGUCGGCGCAGCUGACCCGAAACUUUGCUGUCGGCGGCUCUCGCCAUCGUACAUACGUGUAUCCAUGGCCUGCAUGCUUUGGUGCGCCACUGCGUUCGGUGGGGCUCUCGGCUACAGGUACCGUCGCUGUCGUCUCCGAGAGCGGACUCUUGUUUGAAUGGUCGCUCCUCAGCGACAAACAGCCACCGCUGUAUGGUGUUGGCAAGUUGCCGCGGCUCCUCAACAGCAGGCUUGAUCUGACGUCGCCGAUUCGGGUUGCACGGAUCCGCCAUGCGUCUGCCGUUGCCGUCUCCGACUCUGCAGUCCUUGCGCUGCACACCCCGCUUGCGCCAGUCUCGAUCGACUCGGCCGAGGGUGAGGCGCAGGGUGCGCUGCAGGCUGAUCUGGCGAGCAUGGCCGUGGAUCGUCCCGAGUUUCCGGAUUUGAACCUUGACACUGCCGACGGCGUCCUGCCAGCCUGCUCGUGGCUUGUUGCGCUCCGCGCUCCUGCUCUAGCGAGCAAGCCGCGUGCGCUCGCAACAGUGCCCAAGGCCACUGCCCGCCAGCUCCUGGCCUUUGUCUACGGCGCCGUCCUACCCGAGAGCAUUGAGCCCGAGGCGAUGAUGGCGCUACGGACCAUGGCGACACGCCUCGAUCUGCACUCGCUGAGGUCGACCCUGAUCUCAGUCUAUCCCAACGGGAUCACAUGCAACGAGGACUCACCGGCCAUUGCUGCGGCUUCCAGGAGCGAGGCUGGAGCCACGCUUCAGCGGCAGCUUGCUGCAGCCUGGCAUCGCUCUCCCGAGGGCAACACCCGGCUUGUGCUUGCUGAUGGUGAGACGCUCAGUGUCGACGCAUCGGUCUUGGCAGCGCGCUCGGUGCCAUUCCGUGCCAUGCUCACGCUGCCCAUGAUGGAGGGGCUCAGGCGGGAGGUGGACAUGUCGUUCCAUCAGCCGGACACUGUCCGUGCCUUUGUCGAGUACCUGUGGACCGGGCGGGUGAAGAGCUUGGCCAGCCACAAGCUCGAGCUCGGCGAGGUGCUCGACUUGUACGCCAUCGCACACGAGUACAUGGCCCAGCCGCUGCUGGCUCUCUGCGAGGCGGCGGCGGUGUGGUGGCUCGAUCUUGACAACGCAAUUGCGGUGCUCAACACGAUAGCGCCGUUUGUGAGCCCACUCGAUACUGCUGCGCCGCUGGGCAGCUACGUUCUCGUCGACGCGGCGCUUAUGGUUCUGGUUGACAGUCUCGAGGCACUGGCGUGGUCGCGCAAGGCCUUUGACGCACUCGACCAAGUGUAUCAGGCUCGAUGGGAACAGGCAUGGCGGCUUACGGUUGCUCGUCCGCAGCUAUCGGCGCGUCGGGACGCGCUUUUGAAAAUCCACGAGGAAGCGGAGGCGGAUCGUAAGGCUGCACUUGCAGCGGCGGCGGCUCGCGAAGCUGCUGCUGCGGCCGAAGCUGCGGCUGCUGCGGCAGAUGCCCGCGACUGGGACGAGUAUGUCUUUGUGUCUUGGGAUGAGAGCGGGCCUGAACGCGAUGCAGAGCUGGUAGUCUCCAACAUUCAUCUGGAGCUUGGUGAGCUAGAACGCGAGAUUGCUAUUGUGCGGACGUUGGAUGAGCGUGCCCGCUCUGGCGCGCGCAUCUCGCACAGCGACCUUGAGCGGACAAGCAACCUGCGUGCACUGCGGAAGCGUCGCAAGGAGCUCCGCGCGCGCAUUCCGUCUGCGCCGGUGGCAGUAGGGAUUCAGGAGUCAUCCACGGCGUCGGCCUGGGGAUCUCCGUCUGCCAGUAGCCCGCCGGCGGCAAGCACACCUCCGGCGCUUGACCUACGAGCCUCACUGCGAGCUUCCGAGGCUGCGUCGAUCGCGGCUGCUGUAUCUCCGCCAAGAGGCUGGUCGGCGGCGUCGCCAUCGUCACCACACAUCGACAUCCGUGCCUCGCUUGCCGCCGCCGACACCUCACAGGCAUCAAGUCCCGUUCCUAUCCGCGGCAGCCGUCGCAAGCCGAAAUGGGGCGGCCUGGCGGCAUCGCCGCCGACCACCUCACCGUCGCGCUCACUGGCCGAGAUUCAGGCCGAGCAGGCGGCUGAAAAGGCGGGUGGCGGCGGGUUUGCCACCUCGGCGUGGGGCAUGGUCAAGUCGUCGUCGCCGCUCUCGCUCGCGCAAAUUCUAGAAGAUGAGGAGAUCCAGCGCGAGGUCGCGCUCGUCGAUGCCGCUGUCGCUGCUGCCGAGGCUGCUGCCGCCGAAGCGUCCACCGCGACGCCAUCAACGGGCGCGAGUCGCGGCAAGGGCAAGGGCAAGGGCAAGGGCAAGGGUAAGGGGACGCGGACAAGGGCGUGGGCAAAGUCGCGGGCGCGGGCGCGGGCGCGGGCGUGGGCGCGGGCGCGGAAAUGA